GGCCUUCCGCCUGUCGGAUUGCACAGGGGAGCGGUGAGAGCUCCGGAGAUCCACCAGCAGCCGCUGCGGUUACUUCAUGCUCUUGUUAUUUAUCGUUGUUUCUCUGUAUUUGCACAGUUUGUUACCUUAAGCACUCAGGCUGAUCUUUCACUGCCUGCUUCUGUUAUCGUUACUAUUCUACACUUUUUCUAAGUAUGUCUGCAGGAAAAUGCUUCUCCGGGUGGAACGUAGUGAUUUAUCUGUACUCUGAUAAUAUUUACUUUGAAAUUUGAGUUUCGGGGAUUUUCCUUUAAUUCUGUGAACAAACUGUGACUGACAUCUCCAGCUCCCAGUAGCAGCCCGUUCUCACACACACAGCCAAUCAGCGAUCACUGCUCGGAGAGGGAUGCUGCCAUUGGCUGAGGGGUGUCAGUGGGCGGGACGCUGUUUGGACCGGGACCGAGUGGGCCGGAGACCGGGAGCUGCGCCUCGGGUUUCGGCUGCACCACCGGCGGGUCGUGAAUACUUUCGAAGGCAGAGCUGAAGCGACCGGCGGAGAUUCCGUGAGAUGUUUCAGCUACACGGAGGGCGCCCGGCCUUUCCCCGCCGAGGAUCGGGGCCUGUUGUCUGGAGUUGUCUCCCAGCCCCGUCCCUUCCUGCUGGCAGACGGGAGCUGCUCCGCAGCGGCUGCCGGUGGAUCUCCGGAGCUCUCACUGCUCCCCUGUGCAAUCCGAACGGCUGAAAACCAAGGGAGAACAAGGGGCAAAGUUUUCACCAUAUGUUAAUGUGAAGAGUGAACAGUAAAUGGUUAAUCUUACUGCGAUCUGGUUCUUAUUAACUGUGGUUUAUCCGGACGUUAAAUUCGGCGUUCGUUACACCCGAAGGAGAACGUUACAGUGAAAAAGCGGCAUUAUCAGGUGUUUCAAGUGCUGCGAUGUCAGCUCAAUCCAGCAUCAAGUCGACGCCGCCCAGCGACAGGGGCAGUAAACCGACAUCAAGUAAGCCCACCCGGGCGUUAUCAGGUGUUCCAAGUGCUGCAAUGUCAGCUCGAUCCGGGAUCAAGUCGAUGGCGCCCAGCGACAAGGGCAGUAGAACGACAUCAAGUAAGUCCACACAGGCAAGAGCCAAAGCAGAAGCCGCCAAGGUGCGACUGCCUUACGCCAAACAAGAAGCAGUUUUGAAAAUGAAACAGGCCACCAGAGAAGUCGAAAUCCAGAAAGAAAAGGCCGCCAGAGAAGCCGAAAGGGCCGCCAGAGAAGCCGAAAGGGCCGCCAGACAAAGAGAAGAGGCUGCCAGAGAAGUCGUAAUCCAGAGAGAAGAGGCCGCCAGAGAAGCCGAAACCCAGUUGGAAAUGACAAAAAUAUCGACAGAGUUGCAAGUGCUGCAGCGAGAAAGAGAAGAAGAAGCUGCCAUGGUGGAAGCAGAGAACAUAGAAGAAGCUGAAGGGUCGCGUGAUCUGACCGAAACAAGUUCUGCUUUAGAAAGGACCAGACUGGAACGCACGAGCGACUAUGUACAAUAUCAAGCAGACAGGCAGGCUCGUCUCCCCUCUCCAUACCUAUUCGAUAACUUCCCCAGCUAUGAGGAAGAGAAUUUACCCUCGCGGCUCCGCGAUGAAUUCAAGAAUGAAAGAGCUGACAACCGAUAUUCUUUGACACCAAAGUUACAAAGUUCGAUGCGAAGAGACGCGGAGGUUGAAUCCAGGAUGGCAAAUUCCAUGAGAAACGUGCGUUCUCAGUCAUAUAGGCGCCAACGUACUUCUCCAGCCCGCAUGCCGCUCGCAGCCGAUCCCACGCUGCAGUAUUUAGCACGACGGGAUCUCGUCACUUCGGGACUGUACCAGUUUGACGAUAAACCCGAAAAUUACCGUGCUUGGUGCUUGGCACUCCACAUUCACCAACGUGAUCGACGGGGUCCAGCUCAGUGCAACCCAAAGGUUGGACCUUAUGGCGAAAUGGCUGGGGAAAGAAUCACGCGACCAGGUGAGACGCAUGCGUUCAGUGUACAUCAACAAACCCGAGCUAGCCUUAAGCGAAGCGUGGGAGAGACUUUGGGAGAGAUAUGGGGCCCCCGACAUUAUUGAAGCGGCGCUAUAUCGACGUCUGGAAAACUUUCCUAAGGUGUCAGCCAAAGACCACUUUAAGUUAAGAGAAUUCGGAGAUUUACUCAUGGAGAUCCAAGGCGCCAAAGAAGAUGGCUAUUCAGCUGGUCUAGUAUACCUAGAUACUCCAUCCGGGAUUAGACCAAUUGUGGACAAACUUCCAUUUGGGCUGCAGGACAAGUGGCUGACUGUUGCCUCAGAGUACAAGGAAGAAUACGGUGGUCGAUUUCCUCCCUUUGAGCACCUCACUGAGUUUGUGUGCAAGGAGGCGAAGAGGCGAAACGACCCUAGCCUCGUGGGUCCAGGUAGAUCCUCUUCGAAUGUUUUCAACAUUGAUAAACCCGUGUCAGUGCUCAAGACCGAAGCCCUUACAACUAACAACGACCCUGGCAAGUAUUAUCCAUUGCAUAACAAACCUCACCCCCUGAAAGCAUGCAGAAUGUUUAGGGAAAAACCCCUUGAAGAGAGGACGGCUCUUCUCAAGGAGAAAAGAAUAUGUUUUAGAUGCUGUUCCUCAACCUCUCACCUCGCCAGAGAAUGUACGAUCGCCGUGAAGUGUCCGGAAUGUGAUAGCACGGAUCACGUCGGGGCCAUGCAUCCCGACCUGUCACCGCAAACCGAGAGCGCUCCUUCACCCCCACAACAGGACGGCGGGGAGGGAGAGGCUCACUCCAGGUUAACAGUUGUCAGCUCGAACUGUACAGAAGUCUGCGAUCAAGCUCAGUCAAGUCGUUCUUGUUCCAAGGUCUGCCUCACUAAGGUGUACCCUAAAGGAGCCAAAGACAAGGCCAUCAAAGCCUAUGUGAUUCUGGACGAUCAGAGCAAUCGUUCACUAGUCAGUCCGGAGUUCUUUAAAUUGUUCAACAUUGAGAGUGAGCGGUUCCCAUACUACCUCAAAACUUGCUCAGGCAACAUGGAAACCCAAGGAAGGAAGGCAGAAGGCGUCCAGAUCGAGUCCCUGGAUGGUAAAGUCGUCAUCUGUCUCCCUCCGCUCUUAGAGUGCAAUGAAAUCAUGAAUUACCGCGCUGAGAUCCCGACACCAAGUGCGGUGCUACACCAGCCGCAUCUCCACCACAUCGCCAAACACAUCCCAGAACUGGAUCCGAAAGCGGAAAUACUCCUGCUAUUAGGAAGAGAUGUUAUCCAGGUACACAAGGUUAGGCAGCAGAUCAAUGGACCACUCGACGCCCCAUUCGCGCAACGUCUGGAUCUGGGCUGGGUGGUGAUAGGAGAGGUGUGUCUCGGUGACGUACACAAACCGAUGGUUAACACACUCAAGACCAAUGUGCUAGAGAGUGGCCGCCAUUCAAUCUUUCAACCCUGCCCGAGUGUCCCGUGCAUCAAGGAAGCACAACAAGGCGUUAACAAGCGCGAGGCAAGCGACGAGUCGCUGGGCCAGUCAGUCUUCGCUCUAACGAAGUAUGACAACAAACUUGCACAGUCAGCUCAAGAUACCAUUUCUUUAAAAACCAAAGACACCAAGGUCUUCAGAGAUGAAGCAAAUAAUGGGGUUGCCCCAUUGCCUAUCAGAGAACCAUGCCAGCGCUCACCAGAUAACAAAGAGCAGGCAGUCAAACGGUUCACGUCCUUACGGAAAACCCGGAAAAGGAAACCUGAGAUGCAGCAACACACCCGAUUGGCCCACGAGGUACUGUGCACCCUAAUGGCAGAGGUCACAGCCAUUAUAAACGCACAAUCAUUCCUACCUGUGUCUUCCGACCCAGAAAACCCAUUUAUACUUUCGCCAUCAACGCUCCUUACGCAGAAGGCAGGAGCACCUCCUCCACCAGGAGACUUCUCAGACAAGAAUUUGUACACAAAGUAAUGGAGACAAGUCCAGGCUCUGGCAAAUCAGUUCUGGUCCCGCUGGAGACAGGAAUAUCCACCCUCGUUGCAACAGAGACGAAAGUGGACAGAACCCCGCAGGAAUCUUCAAGUUGGAGACUGAGUCUUGCUCAGGGACAAGCAAGCCACCCGCAACAGCUGGCCAACGGCCAGAAUCACUGCUACAUUCCCUAGCGGGGAUGGACAUGUCAGGAAGAUCGAAUUGAAGACUACCGACCAAGGCGAUGUGAAAAUUAACCAAAGGCCAGUUACAGAAGCUGUUCUACUUCUACCCAAUGACUGAUUAAGAGACUAAGUUUGUACUAUGCUCAUUAUGACCUUACGAAGGUCAAGCGGGGAGUGUGCUGUCUUUACGACAGUUAUUUAGUUUAUAAUAUUUUCGCUUAGUAAUUCAUUCAAUAGUAUUUUCUAGUUAGAAUUAGAAAUGUUUAAAGUAUAUUCAUUGCACGUAAAAUAUAUCGGCAUGCGAUGACGUCACAUCCGGUUUCGCCGCGUCUUGUGGGAAAAUACCGGUUUGGA